UUCAUCUCUCUCUCUCUCUCUCUCUCUCUCUCUCUCUCUCUCUCUCUCUCUAAUUGAGGAAAGCUUUUAGUGUUGCUUGUGUUCUAUUUAUCCGUCCAUGGCGGAAGAAAAGAGCGGGCCCAAGUUGCCUAUCCCGGGCAAAAGAAACAUACUUAUAACAAGCGCUUUGCCUUACGUGAACAAUUUCCCUCAUCUCGGCAACAUCAUCGGAUGUGUUCUAAGUGCUGAUGUCUUUGCUAGAUAUUGCCGCAUCCGUGGCUAUAAUUCCAUAUACAUAUGUGGUACGGAUGAAUAUGGAACUGCAACCGAGACCAAAGCCUUGGAGGAGAAUUGCAGUCCAAAGGAGAUCUGUGAUAAGUACCAUGCCAUUCAUAAAGAAGUUUAUGAUUGGUUUGAUAUACUUUUUGACAAAUUUGGGCGAACUUCAACUCCACAACAGACAGAAGUUUGCCAGGCAAUUUUCAAGAAAUUGUUGAAGAACAACUGGCUAUCAGAGAACACCAUGCAACAGCUUUACUGCGAGACAUGCAAGAAAUUCUUAGCUGACCGGCUUGUUGAGGGCACCUGUCCGUUUGAAAUCUGCAACAAUGAUUCUGCCAGGGGAGAUCAAUGUGACAAAUGUGGAAAGCUCCUGAAUCCUACUGAACUAAAAGAUCCAAGGUGCAAGGUAUGCGGGACCUCACCCCAAAUUCGUGAUACAGACCAUCUGUUUCUUGAGCUUCCUUUAUUAAAAGAUAAAUUGGACGAGUACAUAAACAAAACAUCUGUUGCUGGAUCGUGGAGUCAAAAUGCUAUUCAAAUAACAAAUUCGUGGCUUAAGGAAGGGCUGAAACAGAGAUGCAUUACAAGGGACCUAAAAUGGGGUGUUCCCGUUCCACUUGAGAAAUAUAAGGACAAGGUCUUUUAUGUUUGGUUUGAUGCUCCUAUUGGAUAUGUUUCGAUAACUUCAUGCUAUACAUCUGAAUGGGAGAAGUGGUGGAAGAAUCCUGAAAACGUGGAACUUUAUCAAUUUAUGGGAAAAGACAAUGUGCCAUUUCACACUGUGAUGUUUCCUUCUACGCAGCUGGGGACCGAGGAAAAUUGGACACUGAUGAAGACGAUCAGUGUUACUGAAUAUCUAAAUUACGAGGGUGGAAAGUUCUCCAAGACUAAAGGGGUAGGAGUGUUUGGCAAUGAUGCAAAAGAAACGAAUAUUCCUGUAGAAGUAUGGAGAUAUUACUUGCUGACUAACAGGCCAGAGGUCUCUGACACACAAUUCACGUGGGAUGAUUUGCAAGCAAAAUUGAAUGGCGAGUUGCUGAACAACCUAGGCAACUUUGUUAACCGUGUUCUGAGUUUUAUUGCGAAGCCUGCAGGUCAAGGUUAUGGGUCUGUCAUUCCUGAUGCUCCUGGCGCUGAAUCACAUCCAUUGACAAAUUCAAUGGCGGAAAAGGUUGGAAAGCUCGUAGAGCAGUACGUUGAAGCCAUGGAGAAGGUUAAGCUAAAGCAGGGUCUGAGAAUAGCUAUGAGCAUUUCAAGUGAAGGGAACGCAUACUUGCAGGAAAGUCAAUUCUGGAAACUUUACAAGCAAGAUGAACCUUCCUGCUCAAUUGUCAUGAGAACUGCUUGCGGGAUAGUAAAUAUCCUUGCACGGCUUUUAGAACCUUUCAUGCCAUCCUUUUCUCAUGAGGUAUUUAAGCAGCUUAAUUUGCCUUUACAAUUUUCACUCUCCGACGAGAAUGGAGACAUAUUUAAAGCAAGUAGGCCAUGGGAGAUUCUACCUCCCAACCACAAGAUUGGCACUCCUCAACCAUUGUUCAAGGAACUGAAAGAUGAAGAAGUUCAACAAUACCAAGAAAAAUUUGCUGGAAGUCAAGGUGAUAGACGUGCGAGGGAAGCAGAGGCAGCAAAUAUGGUCGAGCAACUGAAGAAAACCCAAUUAUCUGAUGGAAAGAAACAGAAACCAUCAAAAGCUAGUGAAGCAGCCAAAGCUAAGCCAAAGCCGGCUGCUGAACCCGAGAUUACCAUUACAAGACUUGAUAUACGUGUUGGGAAAAUCGUGAAGGUCCAGAAACAUCCCGACGCGGAUUCAUUAUACAUUGAAGAAAUCGAUGUCGGAGAAGAGAAACCUCGCACUGUUGUUAGCGGACUUGUCAAGCAUAUACCUCUCGACGAAAUGCAGAACCGCAUGGUUUGUGUUCUGUGCAACUUAAAACCCGUGAAAAUGAGAGGAAUUCAAUCACAAGCGAUGGUUCUUGCGGCUUCAAACAGCGAUGACAGUAAGGUCGAGUUAGUUGAACCGCCUGAAUCGGCAAAGAUAGGGGAACGAGUCAAAUUCCUGGGUUUAGAAGGGGACGCAGACGAUGUACUGAACCCGAAGAAGAAAGUAUGGGAGACACUGCAGCCCGAUUUACGAACCAAUGACAAUCUCGUUGCUCAUUUCAAAGCUUUGCCCUUCACCACUUCUGCUGGAUUCUGCAAGGUCUCUUCCAUCAAAUCUGGUAAAAUCCGAUAGAAAGCCUCUGCCUACCAAUGUUUUUAUCAUCAACGAGGUUGAACAACUGAUUUCAUACGAAUUGAAUGGAACAUUUUACUCGGAAGUUGAAUUCGAAAGAUUGCUCAUGUUUUGGCUCUGAUUUUCUACAGAAGUUUUCACAUCUAGUUUUGAUUUCUCUGGAGAUUGUGCGUUUGAUUGAGAGACGAUGCUUGCUGCAUGAAUGUCAAAGCUGUUCUGUUGAAAUGUACUUAAAACGCUUUUCAGGAA